AUGGAGGCUUCGAAAAGUGCUGCCUGGAUGCAGACCGAUGCGGAGGAGGUGAAUAAGUACCAUGUGCCAGCCAAAUACCUGGGAAAUGGGGCGGAUAAGCGUGAUAUGACUGCCCUAGGAAGAGAGCAGGUGCUACGGAGAAACUUUGGAUUCACCUCGAUUCUGGGCUUUGGUUGCACUCUUAUUGCAACAUGGGAGGUUAUCCUUACUCUUCUCACAAUUGGUCUUACUGAUGGAGGCACUGCUGGAUUAAUUUGGGGAUUUGUCAUUGUAUGUGUCGGCUUCUUGCUUGUUUUUGCAAGUUUGGCAGAGAUGGCAUCAAUGGCUCCCACUUCAGGAGGACAAUACCACUGGGUAUCUGAAUUCGCGCCAAAAAGUUGUCAAAAGUUCCUCAGUUAUGUCACGGGAUGGCUCUGCGCAACUGGCUGGCAAUGCGCUAUUGUGUCAAUUGCAUUUCUGGCAGGCACCAUUAUCCAAGGCUUGAUCGUACUCAACGACGAAUCCUACGUAUUUCAGCGAUGGCACGGCACUCUUUUGGUCAUUGCCAUCACCGCGUUCUCCGUCUUCUUCAACACAUUCUUGGCAAAAAGACUACCAAUGGUGGAGGCCCUCAUUCUGAUUCUACAUAUCGUCGGCCUUUUUGCCAUCAUCAUUCCUCUCUGGGUCAUGGCUCCGCGUGCAUCUGCCAAGUCCGUUUUUACGCAAUUUAACAACGAUGGAGGUUGGAACAGUCUUGGUUCCUCGACCUUGGUCGGAUUUUCCGGAACAAUUACUGCCAUGAUUGGUUAUGACUGCGCUGUGCAUAUGUCCGAAGAAAUCAGGAAUGCCAGCGAAACCCUUCCCAGGGCCAUGAUGAGCGCGGUUGUCGUUAAUUCUGUCCUUGGUUUUGCAAUGCUGGUUACGAUAUGUUUCACACUGGGCGACAUUAACAGUAUCUUAGCCUCGCCUACUGGAUACCCUUUUAUCCAGGUGUUUUUCAAUAGCACAGGCAGCUACGCAGGCACAAAUGUCAUGACUGCAAUAUUGAUUGUGACGUUAACCGCUAGUACAAUCACCGAAGUAGCCACUGCAUCUCGUCAGCUAUGGUCCUUUGCUCGUGAUAAUGGUGUGCCAUUCGGCGAAUUCUUCAGCCACGUCAAUCCCGGGUGGAAUAUUCCGUUGAAUUCGGUUCUUGUCUCCCUCGCCAUCACUGCCCUGCUCUCUUUGAUCAACAUUGGCUCAACAGCUGCGUUGACUGCCAUUGUUUCGUUGACCAUUACAUCUUUGAUGUCAUCUUACAUCAUCUCUAUCAGCUGCCUUCUUCUGAAGCGCAUCCGUGGCGAAUCACUGCCUGAACAUCGUUGGUCACUAGGUAAAUGGGGUAUGGCUAUCAACAUCGCUGCUCUCGCGUACUUGUGGCCGGUGUUUGUUUUUGCAUUUUUCCCUCUCACGAGCACAGUCACGCCUUCCACCAUGAAUUGGAGUGCUGUCAUGUAUGUGGGCGUCAUCUUUUUUGCCACUGCUUACUACUGGCUAGGAGGCAGACACAAAUUUGUGGCACCGGUCGCCUUGGUGAAGAGAGAACAAUGA